AUGAGCAUCCGCUGGUUACAGUUGCUUCUUCUCACCGUCGGCAUCGUUGUUUUUGCCAAACAAAAUUCAAAUGUCAAGGCUCAAAUCUACUCUUCUGCUCUCGAGUUUUUAUCACGUGCCGUAACACAUGUAGUGGAAUCAGGAGUGAACAAAUUCAAAUUUCGCGACAUCACCUCUAACAUCCGUAUUGGAACCGGGACAGUGAAGUUGACCAUGCAUUUGGAGAUUACCAAGUUCAAACUCCCAGUAUUCACUGGUACUAUCGACGAGAAGCUAGGUAGCGUGUUCACUUCGCGUGGAGGCAUUUUGGGAGUGAAAGGCAGUUGGACUGGAAAAUACAACUUCCCAUUCAAGACAAUCCCAAUCGAUGUAGGUGCUUGGAUAAAUUGCAAGUAUCUUAUCAGAGGAUAUAACAAGUGCUUAUACCAUUGA